CACCUGGAUUGUGAGGCGGGAGGGAUAGGAUGUCUCAUCUUCUCCUUGCUGCCGAGACACGUGGCCAAAGGGAACAGUACCAUCUUGUCCCCAGUCCCAGCAUGCCAGACACGUACACUGUGCCAAGUAUAUCAGCUCCCCAGUUUGGGAAGAGCAGGUCCACUCCUCUCACCUCUGUUGGCCUUCUUUCCAUCUCAGUGCACAGCAUGAAGCUCCAUCAUGUGGUCCUGGGCUCUGUGCCCCUCCUGAUCCUGGCUGGCUGUGUCAGCGCACUGAAGACCUCCAACAUUAACCUGCGCACAUUCAUUGGCUGCGCUGUGCGUGAGUUCACCUUCCUGGCUAGGAAGCCCGGUUGUAGGGGGCUGCGUAUCACCACGGAUGCCUGCUGGGGACGCUGUGAGACUUGGGAGAAGCCUAUUCUGGAUCCCCCUUACAUCGAAUCUCACCAUCGAGUCUGCACUUACAAUGAGACAAAGCUGGUGACAGUGAAGCUGCCAAGUUGUGCUCCUGGUGUGGACCCCUUCUACACGUUCCCUAAGGCCAUACGGUGCGACUGUGGUGUCUGCUCUACUGCGACGACCGAAUGCGAGACUUUUUGAGCCCUCCUUCCCCAGGUGCACAGCUGCCUUGGCUAUUGCGGGCCAGAUUCUGCCCUGAUGUUACACCCACUUUCACCCCAACAUUGCAGGAGGUGUAAAUCAGCACAGAAUGUGACCACUGAGUCUAACUGCUUCUAAUCACUAACUCUUCAGCACAGUAAAGGCAUACUCUUCUCUUCUUUUCGCAGCCAGUUUAGAGAACUAUUAAUGUAGUAUUGUAAUAAGGAGCCUUACGACAAUAUGUCAUGUGGAAAGUUAUGAUGCAGUUUCCUUUACCCAGAGGCGUUUCACAGUAUGUGAACUCACCUCAUGCACAAAGCACACAUUUAAUAAGCAGUCCAAAACACGUACAAGUGGAGAACAACAGUGUUAAGGUAACAACAGCUUUGUUCAUUAUGGUUUUUAUUUCUUCUAUUCUUGAGCUUGGGAAUGUAAAUGUACUCAGUAGAAUUCCCUUGGUGCCCUUAUAGACCAGUUUCCUUUCCCACUGACGAGGGUUUCAAUUGGGAACAAUGCCACCAAAAUACUUAAAAACUGGUGUCAUUAGUGAGACCAGGGUUUAGCUCUGGUUCAUCAGGUGUAUAAAUUCAUUAAUACAAAGCUGUAACAACCCCUGUCGCAGCAAAGCACUUAAGCACAAACUUAUACUUUAAGCAUGUGUUUAAGAGCUUUGCUUAAUUGGGGCAUAAAUAUCACACCACUCAUAAGGAAACCUCAGUCUUUGAAGAAAAAUCACUGAAAGCCUGAAAGAGAAAAUCACAUUUCUUCCCAUACAGGGUGAGGAAAUCAGUUGAUUUAAUGGAAAUCAAAGAGCUUUGUAUGGCUGGUGAGUCUCUCUUAACGAUUUCUCCCAACUGAAAAGAGCACUAGAGGAUGGUGUAAUGGUCUUGGUUUUCUUUCACAUGGAAGCAAGGUCAAGGAAGGCCUAUGCUGGUUCACUCCACAGUCCCCAAUGCAGCUUUGCUCCUCAGAGAGACCUGCUCCAUGUCGGGUGUCCAUGCCGUGGACCAGAGGAGCAUGGCUAAGAUGCCCACUGUGGAGGGUUUAGAGCGGUGCUCCUCCUUACCUCAGCAGACCGCCUAUUAGGGAAUGCUAGAGCAGUUUCCUUUAAUAACAAAGACCACAGAAAUGUUUCUAAGAGUGAUCCACAACUGCUCAGACCCACUUCAGGAGCUGAGGAGGGGAUUGCAGGUCAUAGCUACUGUAACAGCACAUCCAUGGUCUCAGAUGAGCUGCCUAAGUGCCUUUUGUACCCAGGCUCUGGGUGGGAGUGGUUGGUUUAGUAUCCUCUCCCUCAAUUGUUUCCCCUGAAGAAACCUGGUUGGUUUGUAUUUUUCUAAUAAGUACAAGAAGUUUUCCUGACAUGAUCUGUUAGCAAGAGCACAUAAGGCAAAGUGAGUUUUCAGGGCAGACACUGGGGUAUGCUUUUUGAACAGAUUAAUGUCCAACAUUUUCCUUUCCCUACCUGGUUAGGGCCUGAUAUUAGACAAACCAAGAGGCUGAGUCUCCUAAUUACAUUCCCUUCUGUUUCCAGGAUUCAUGUUUGACACUACAAAGCAAGCUUACUUGAAGUUUCCUGCUCUCUUUGAAAUACGUCUUUUAAUUUAAGCUAUAAUUUAUUAAACGCUGCAAUUUUGUAUGUUGACUUGUAAAAGCUGCGCUGUGGUUGGGUGAUUUAUAUGAUUCUGCCUUACAGAGUUCUUGGCUAGAUGGACGGCUGUGUGGAACAAGAGCAGUAGCGGUUUUCUGCAAUGCUGACUUUAACUGCCUUUAAAUAAUCCUGUAUUUGGUUUCAAGUUGCAUCUCUCAUCCUCCUGGUCUUGUUAUUGCUCUAAAUGGCAUCAUACAUCAUGGGUGACCUACAAAUUAAUUUCUGGGUCCUUAAUAAACCUAACAUUGUAGCAUCAAAGCAA